AUGUCCGCUUACCAUACACGACGGACAUUUGCUAAACGUGAUCUCUUACCGACGCACAGUAAUGGACCAGAAAAGGAGGACACAAUCUUCCAUCUAAGCCGGAAGCAAUUAUCACUGAUUGUCCUGGUGGUCCAAAACAGUACAUUGGUAUUGAUGAUGCGGUACUCUCGCAUCAUACAGCGUCCUGAUCAGUCAAUGUAUGUGGCAUCCACUGCUGUUUUUCUCGCCGAGGUUCUGAAGAUAAUCGCAUGUCUGGCAGUCAUGUACCAUCAACAAGGUAGCUGGAGAGACUUCCGGCGAAUGGUUCAAGAAGACAUCCUGGCCAAGCCUCGAGACACACUUACAAUGUUGAUUCCCUCGGGACUGUAUGCACUCCAAAACAACUUACUAUAUGUCGCACUCAGUAAUCUCGAGGCUGCCACUUUUCAAGUAACCUAUCAAAUGAAGAUCCUGUCAACAGCAUUAUUUUCGGUCUUAUUGUUGGGGAGAUCGCUACCCCGUGAGCGCUGGUUUGCCUUAGUAUUAUUGAUGGUUGGCGUUACAUUGGUACAGUCUCAGAGUAUUCAAAGUGAACCUAGCCAAUCUGACGAGCAAAGUCCUAUCGUUGGUUUACUUGCUGUACUGACGAGCUGCGUAUCUUCUGGUUUUGCUGGUUGCUACUUUGAGAAGAUCUUGAAGACUUCGGAUACAUCGAUGUGGGUGCGCAAUAUUCAACUGGGCUUGUCCGGGGCGUUCUUUUCACUGGUGGGGAUGAUCGCCUACGAUCGAGAGGUUAUAUGGGCAGGUGGUAUGCUUCAGGGCUAUGACUGGCUGACCUGGGUUGUGGUUAUGAACCAAGCUCUCGGUGGAUUACUUGUGGCUAUUGUGGUGAAGUACGCUGACAAUAUCCUCAAAGGAUUUGCCACCAGUCUGUCGAUUAUUGUCUCGGGUAUCAUCAGCUUUUAUCUGUUCGACUUUCAACCAACUAUCCCGUUUGUUCUUGGUGCAACAACCGUUAUGGUGUCAUCCUAUCUCUACGGCAUCGAUUUCAAGACAGCCAUUAAACCCCACUAA